CAUUCCCAGUCAAUGGUGGAACCUGUAAUAUUCUCAUUAUUGUACUUGUAUAGCAACACGAUGAGCAACCUUCCGAAACCCCGACACACCAAGGACAGCGUUCAAAUCAUUGCAAUGCUGUUGCGGAUCAAUCGACCUGCCACCAUCGAAGAGAUCGCCAAGCAUGUGAUGUCCCACUAUAAUGCCAAGCGCGAAGACCGUGACUUUUGGCACACUUUUCACGAGAAGCUCUCUAUUGGGGUUAACUGCGGCUAUAUUCGGAAGAAUAGCGGCAUCUAUACCCUAGUUGAUCCACUGCCAACCGUCGAAGAAGUAUUAGUCGAGUCCCGCAACCGAGUCCAAGAAUGAAAAACGAUCAAAACCAUCAGCACAAACAAUCGCUUAACGCUUUGCUUUGGCAAUCUUCUUCGUACUUGACAAAUUUCUUGUUUUCUUGCGAAUUCUCGGAUCAAAACGGAUGCCUUGCCUUGGGUCAAUUUCCUUUAAUAUUAUUGUUUGUAACAUUUACCAAUAUGUAAAUUAAGUAGUCAAAUUGUUCCAUUAUAUUUCUGGAGCCGGAAGACCGUUGAUCAGA